AUGCAAGUAUUCAACGGCAACCGCCAGUACAACUCCAAGCUGCCGGGUUAUGAGUUCAAGAUGGUCCAGGUCUUUGAGCCGAGGCAGUUCCACACUCCGACUGAGGACUACCAGGCUAUCGCUGGGCUAGCAGAGGAAGACGGCGUCGAUGGCCUCGAUCGCUUUGGCGACCACGACAUUGCUGAUCUAGCUGCUUACACCACUCCCGCCCCUGCUGCUUUCCCGUCGCCAGAGACUCAUCCAGAUAUUGAUCUGCCUCACCUGCCAACCAUCAACACGACACCAGGCGCAGCCCUCCCCACUCCCAAGGAUGACACUGAUCUGCAUGCUGCCACCCAUCGCAGCAAGCCCAUCCCCAAGCCAGACCGGGAUAUCCGGAAGAACGCCCUUGGCAAAUACGAAUGUACUUGGCCCGACUGCAUCGAGGAACAAAAAUCGUUCAAUCGAAAAUGCGAGUGGAACAAGCACAUGGACAAGCAUGAGCGCCCGUACAAGUGCUUAGCUGAAGGCUGCGAAAAGCUCGCCGGGUUCACUUAUAGUGGCGGUCUGCUACGGCACGAGCGUGAAGUCCACGCCAAGCACGGAGGCCCGCGCAACCCACUCAACUGUCCUCAUCUUAAUUGCAAGAGACAUUCUGGUAAGGGCUUCUCGCGUCUGGAGAACCUCAAUGAGCAUCUGCGCCGAGUCCAUACCAAUCUAGGCCCCCUGGCGUCCGGUGACGAGGCGGCCGAGGACGGCGAUAGCGUUACCGCGUCCUCGGAGCCUGGCCAGCAAGCUCUGCCGACUUCGAUCCAAUUUCCAACGGCCGCACAGCCGCAGGCUCUGCCCUCGCCCCAGAUUGCUUCGGUGCUACCCCAGAAGCGUAUUCUAGAGGAUCCAGAGGACGACGGCCCGGCCGAGGUCAAACGGUUGCGCAAGUCUGAGGAGACUCUGACUCGCAUCAAUGCCGAGCUCAGUCGACAGCUUAACCUUCACAAGCAGCAGGCCGAAAUCGCAGCUUCGACCCAGGAGAGCCAGCAAACCGAGAUUGAAGCUCAGAAGCGCCAGAUCAUGGCCAUGAUGGGCGAGAUGCAGGCUCUUCGCAAUCAACUGGCUCAAGCUGAUCAGCAGAAUACGGUCAUGAUGCAAGAGGCUUUCCACUAG